UUCCGCUGCUCUCCGUUUAUUUUGAGGGCGUGCGUUCAUCCCGUAAGGAAUAAAAUAAGAGUAAAGUCCACUGGCGGUCCUCAAACUUGCGCAGCUGUGUCAUGCCGGUCUCUGAAUUCGCAAAACAGGCGUUUAGGUGCCUAAUCACUGUUCUAGUGCCACUGUAGUCUAACCGGGUGCCGACGUGCGUGGAGAUUAUGCAAAUUACCCCCUGGGCGUCAUUAACCGUCGGACGCUGUUUGGGGCCGUUAGUUUGGCCAAACCAUUCGUCUCCCCUUCCCCAUGACUCCUCGACUGUUCAUCUCCUCGGAGGCGGCGGAGGCAAAUUUGAGGUGAGGUCGGCGGCAGAGAUCGGCGGCUUCAGUUGGCGACCAGAUCUCAGAGAAGUGGAGCGCGGGCCGAAGGCAGCCACAUUGGAGGUGACCGCAGCUGCUAGGAUAAAGGAUGCCGCCGCGAUUGCGACGGAAGGUGGAAGAGCCACCGGCGUACAGUGAGUUCCUCGUCCUUUCCUCCUUGCUAUUUUCUUGGUUUCUGGAUAGGCUUCGUAGUUGCAGGCUUUAGUGGAACCCUAGAAUGGUUAUUGUGGCGUGGAUUGUUGUUUAUGGUGUUAUUAGCGAGGGUUCGACAUGUUCUCAUGUACUGUGUGGAUUUCUGUCAAUAAUGUAGGUAGUGAUCUUGAUGCAUUCACUAUUGAGUUACAUCAUGGAGUAUUUUUUUGUUGGGUUUGGUCAUCUUAGGUCAUAUGUUGAUGAGAAAGUUGACUGGUUUGACUGGAUUGAAUGUGAUACAUGGUCUGCUUUGUGGUUUGAGGAUUUCUGUCAACUAGUAGGCUAUGACAGUGUGAAAGACUUGAAGUUCUAUUGGUUGUUACCAGGGAAAGAUCUUAGUGAUGGAUUGAGGAUAAUUGCAUCAGAUGAAGACACCAAUGUAAUGGUCAGUGUAGUUCAUAAGGUUUCAAAUCUGGUUGUCUAUGUUGAUCAUGCAGACUAUUUGAAUAGUAAUGUUGACUGGGAUGAUGUUGUUUUCAAUCCUGUUAAUGAGUUGCCUAAGGUUUUGAGUCCACAAAAGAUCCAUGUAGAGAAAAACCCAGCAAGGAAAUUACCUGUGUUCUACACUGAUCUGAAAAAAAGGCAGAGUAGAGUAAGGUGGACCCAGCCAACAACCUGAGUACGAAGAACCUGAGUCUGAAGAGCAAGAUUUCAUUGACUGUGAUAAUGAUAUUAGUGAUGGAGAUGAAAACUUGUUCGAAGAUGAAGUACCCUUGGUUGUUCCAGUGAAGAAACGAAACAAGAAGGCCAAGGGAAGCUAGUUGCAGGCUGUCGAGGUCAGAGAAAAUGCUCCAGUGGUGGAUGAUGUUGACACAGAGGAUGAAGGCUUGGAUCUUCCUGAGUCAGAUGGUGAAGGAGAAGAGAGAAUGAGAUUCAAUUCUUGGAAUCCGGAGGACAUGAGGAACCCAACUUUUUCUGUUGGGCUUGUGUUUCCAUCAGUUGAGAGUGUCAGAGCUGCUAUUACUGAAUAUAGUGUGAAGAACAGAGUAGAAAUCAAGAUGCCCAGAAAUGAUAAGAGAAGAGUUUGGGCUCAUUGUGCAGAAGGAUUCCAAUGGAAUUUACAUGCAUCAUAGGACAACAGGGUGAACUCUUUUGUUGUGAAGACAUGCUACCCAACUCAUAACUGUCAGAAAGAGUGGGUGUUAAGGAGAUGCACCUCUAAAUGGCUUGUAGAGAAGUACAUUUAUUCUUUCAGAGCUAAUGAGAAGAUGAGUAUUACCAGCUUUGGUAGAACAAUUCAAAAGGACUGGAACUUGACACCAUCAAGGAGUAAGGUAGCUAGGGCAAGAAGGCUGGUUAUGAAGGUCAUACAUGGUGAUGAGAUCAAACAGUAUGACAGUCUCUGGGACUAUGUACAAGAGGUGAGGACAAGCAAUCCUAGCAGCUCAUUUUACCUCAACCUAGCAGGAAACCUGUUCAGUACUUGCUUCAUGGCUUUGGAUGCCUGUAAAAGGGGUUUUAUGGCUAGGUGUAGACCUAUUAUUUGUCUUGAUGGGUGUCAUAUCAAGACAAAAUUUGGAGGACAACUAUUGACAGAUGUGGGAAUGGAUCCAAAUGAUUGUAUUUUCCCCAUUGCAAUGGCUGUUGUUGAGAUUGAGUCAUUUGCUUCUUGGGAAUGGUUCUUACAAACUUUGAAGGAUGAACUUGGAAUAGAUAACACAUAUCCUUGGACCAUCAUGACUGAUAAGCAGAAGGGACUGAUUCCAGCUGUGAAAAAGCUAUUUCCUGAAUCAGAACAUAGGUUUUGUGUCAGACACCUCUAUUCUAACUUUCAGGAAAAGUUCAAGGGGGAGAUAUUGAAGAACCAACUAUGGGCAUGUGCAAGGUCAUCUUCAGUUCAACAGUUCAACAGAAAUAUGUAUAGGAUGAAAGUUCUGAGCAAGGAUGCUCACAAAUGGCUACAGAAAAUGGACUCCAAAACAUGGGUAAGGGCUUAUUCUCUGAAUUCCCUAAGUGUGAUAUACUGCUUAACAAUAAUUGUGUGGUCUUCAACAAGUAUAUACUGGAAGCAAGAGAACUCCCUAUACUCAGUAUGUUUGAGAGAAUAAAGACUCAGCUCAUGACAAGGCAUUACAACAAACAAAAGGAGGCUGAGGGCUUUGCUAGUAGGUUCUGUCCUAAGAUUAGAGGAAAAUUGAAUAGGAAUGCUGAAUUUGCCAACUUGUUCUAUGCUUUACCUUCUGGAAAUGGAGUGUUUCAGGUACAAAUUAGGGAGUACAAUCACAUUGUUAACAUAAUUGCCCAGACUUUGUGACUGUAGAAGGUGGCAACUAACUGGAGUGCCCUGUUGCCAUGCAAUUGCUUGCUUGAGGCAUGAGAGGAUCCAACCAGAAAGUGUGCUCCCAGGCUGUUAUUCUGUUGAUACUUUCAAAAAUGCAUAUCAGUUCAGUAUUUGGCCUUGCAGAGACAAGAGUGAGUGGGAACAUGUGAAUGGUCCAACUGUGUCACCUCCAGUGUAUGAGAAGAAGGUAGGCAGGCCACCCAAGUCAA